AUGGCUGGCCGCAGCGUUGUGUGCGAUACGGAUGGGUCUGCGGGGGACGGAAGGCCGACUAAUCUGGCGAUGUCUGUUUCUAUUGGUGGUGACCACGAUAGGCAUAUGGAUACGUUGAAGGAGAUACGGUGGCCGCAGAGGCUGUUGAACAUGUUGUCUAUAUGGAUGCCCAUUUUUGUGGUGGUCCUUAUUGCCUCUUGGAUAAUAUAUCAGCGCAAUGAGUCGCAUGGUGUACCAGGAAAUCCCCCGUUAGGUGACGUGAACGACUCUGCGGCUACUAAAGGCGAUAAGGUUACAAAGGACGUUACAGCCAGGAUAGGCAGUAAGGAUAGUAUCGUCUUUGGUAUGACGCUGAGCAUCAAAUUGAUGGGGCAUAUAAUCGAUGAUUUUGAUACCAUGGAGCGUUUCCUUAAUAGUAUCGAACCUGUCGAUAGUGUCAAACCUAUCAUGGAUCGUAUGAAGCGCAUCUACGAUGGUGCCGAGCCCAUCGAGGAGCGUGUGGAGCGCGUUAUGGACCGUAUCGAGCGUAUCGAUAGUGCCGACCCUAUCAUGGAGCGCAUCGGGACUCUCAUCAUUGCCGUCGAGGCUAUCGGUGGUAAUGUGAGUCACAUCAGAUAUCGUAUGUGGGAUAUCGCCGAUCGUAUUAGUAAGAUGAAAGGCCGUAUCAUGCCUGCCGAUAGUGUCCAGGGUCUCAUCGGUCGCAUCGAGACUGUCGUCACUCGUAUGGAGCAUCUCGCCGAUGGUAUCGAGCUUACCAUCGAUCGUAUGGAGCUUAUCAUCGAUAGUAUGGUUCCUCAGCGUCGUAACGAAGCGGAUAGUCCAGGUAAUAUGGAUGCUGGAGACGAUGCGUAUGGUGACGUAGAUACAGAUUCUACAGGCGACGCGUAUGGUGAACCAGACGCUUACGAUGGAAGAGACCAGUUCCCGCCACGAGACGCACACGAUUCCAAGGAUGACUGA